AACUCCACCCCAACUUAACCCACCUCCUCAAUCCCUAUACACAUCCCCCUUCACCCACCCACACUAUCUCCGUUACCUCCAAUAACCUCACCGCCGUUUCCACACCGAUUAACAUCACACCUCCGUCUAUCGCUCCGUCUAUCUGUUUCCCCAAUCCAAAACCCUAAUUCCACCCCGAAACCCUAGGUUAUGAUUCUUCCGAUCAAUUCUCACAAAUCAGAACCUUACAAAACCGUACAACAAUGGCGGAAAUGAACACCAACCGCUUCACCAUAGGUUACGCUUUAUUACUCAAAAAACAACAGAGUUUCAUCCAGGAUUCGUUGAUCAAUUCAGCCAAACAACGCGGAAUCGAUCUCAUCAAGAUCGAUACCGACAAGCCGUUAGCAGAUCAAGGCCCGUUCGAUUGUGUACUGCACAAGUUAUCCGGCAACGACUGGCGAAAUCAGCUCCGUGAGUACGUUAUUCGUAACCCUAGCUCUGUUGUUAUUGAUUAUCCUGAUGCUAUUGAACGGUUACAUAACCGUAUUUCUAUGCUUGAUGUUGUUUCGGAGAUUGAGAUUGAUGAGGUGAAGGAUAUUGAUGAAACGGCGUCGUUUGGAGUGCCGAAACAGGUUGUGGUGUACGAGCCGGAGAAGUUGAGUGAGGGUUUGGGAUUGAGUUUGAAGUUUCCGGUGAUUGCGAAGCCGUUAGUGGCGGACGGGAGUGCGAAAUCGCAUAAGAUGUUGUUGAUAUUUAGUUCCGAGGGUUUCGAGAAGCUGAAAACUCCUACUGUGUUGCAGGAGUUUGUGAAUCAUGGUGGAGUGAUUUUCAAGGUGUAUGUGGUUGGGAAGUAUGUGAAGUGUGUGAAGCGGAAGUCAUUGCCGGAUAUCGACGACGAGAAGUUGGAGAGUUUGCGCGGUUCGUUGUCGUUUUCUCAGGUGUCGAAUUUGACAUCUGAUGAGAGGAAUGAUGAUAAGUAUUAUAAGAUGAUGGAUUCGGAGGAUGCGGCAAUGCCGCCGAUGAAUUUGAUAAGUAAUAUCGCGCGUGGGCUGCGUAAAGCGAUGAAACUGCAUCUUUUCAAUUUCGAUGUUAUUAGGGAUACGAAGGUUGGGAAUCGGUACCUUGUUAUUGAUAUCAACUAUUUCCCGGGGUAUGCUAAGAUGCCCGGUUAUGAAUCCGUGCUGACGGAUUUCUUUUGGGAUAUUUUGAAUAAGAAAGAGGAUCGGUUUUUCGACUGCGAGAAGGAGUUGAUGAAGCUGGUGGGUGAUGAUGGUGGAUGUGAUGAGGAUACAGUGUGUCCGAAUGUUUCUUCUGCUUAGAGGAAAGGAGGACGUUAGGGUUUCGAAAUUGCACGUGGAAGUCGGGUCAGUUUUGCGAAAACGCAUGCUGAAUCGUGAAUGUUGAUCUUCGGGUUUGUUAAUCAAAGGGAGCGCUGGCUGUGGGCGUUUUAAUUUAGAUAGUUGUUAGUACAGGAGUUAUGAAUAGGGUCGUUACUUUUGUUUUGGCCUCCUGACGACAAUUUACUUGGUGUUCCUUGUUGAUCUUGUACAUCUUAUCGUUUGGUUCAGAGAUAGGUACUUUCCGUUUCUCCCUAAGUUUGUAGGAAUGUUAAGUUUCCAUAGUUUGGGGAACUUUUAAAAAUGUGUGCCGUUGACUGUUUGACAGCUUUGAUAAAUGAAUUUUGCCUUUUGGAAGAUGGUACUA